AUGGUGAGGAUAAGAACGAAAAAUUCAAGUAAGGCUCCAGCCGGAUUCGACAAGAUCGAACCCUCGCUAUUGAAUUUUGAAUUGGAAUUGAAAGAGAUCCAUGAUAAAAAGACUUCCAAAUUAGGUGCCAAGUCUAAUGAAAACCUUUGGGAUAUCAUGCGUGUAAACCAUGAACGGUCAAGGUAUAUAUAUAGUCUUUACUACAAGAGAAAGGCGAUCUCCAAGGAAUUGUAUGCAUGGCUAUUGAAAGAAAAAUAUGCCGACAAGUUUUUAAUUGCCAAAUGGCGGAAACAAGGUUAUGAGAAAUUAUGUUGUGUACGUUGUAUACAAACUAACGAGACGGCUCAUGGUGGGACUUGUAUCUGUCGUGUACCAAGAGCUCAAUUAGAAAAGGAUGCUUCCGAGAAUAGUGUUGCUGUAACCUUCCAACAAUGUGUCCAUUGUGGCUGUCGUGGUUGUGCUAGCAAUGACUAA